AAUGAUUUGUGAUGUGAUUUCAGUUUAGAAUUGAGCUGCGGAAAAACCUCAUUCUGUAUUCCGACACGGAGGCACCACCGGACGAGUUCCUCUCUCCGCCUCCGUCGCCUCCUCGACUUCGUUACGACGACGUUAAUUUGAAUUUGAUAGAUUCCAAUAAUUGGAGACCUAAUCAAGGUACUGAACCCACUAUGGAUACCAGUGAUUGGAGAGCUCAACUGCCUCCUGAUUCGCGCCAAAGAAUUGUCAACAAAAUAAUGGACACGUUAAAGAAACAUCUUCCUGUUUCUGGUCAUGAAGGAUUAGCUGAACUUCGGAAGAUUGCUCAAAGGUUUGAAGAGAAGAUUUUUCGCGCUGCAACAAGCCAGUCUGAUUAUCUACGGAAAAUAUCUUUGAAGAUGCUUACAAUGGAGACAAAAUCUCAGAACACCAUGGCCAACAAUAUGCCAUCAAAUCAAGUUGGCCCUAGCAAUAAACCUUCUGAUCAAGGACUUGCUUUGCAGCCUCAAGCUAAUAAUCCUGGGCAGCAACAUCCUAUUCCUUUGCCUAGUCAGCCCCAGCAACGUCAGCAGCUGCUAUCUCAAAACAUUCAAAAUAACAUUGCACCUCAACCGAACCUUCCACCUGUAUCUAGUCUGGCCCAGACUACCAGCCAUAAUAUUGGCCAGAAUUCAAACUUGCAGAAUGUACCUGGGCAAAAUUCAGUGGGGAGCACUACUGGUCAGAAUUCCAACGUACAGAAUAUUUUUCCUGGUUCUCAGAGACAAAUGCCAGGAAGGCAGCAGGUUGUUCCCCAGCAGCAAUCACAGAAUGCACAGCAGUAUCUUUACCAACAGCAGCUUUUGAAGCAUAACCUUUUGAAGCAUAACCAGCUGCAGUCUCAAUUCCAGCAGCAACAACAGCAGAACCUUCUGCAACCCAAUCAGUUGCAAUCUUCUCAGCAGUCAGUCAUGCAAACAUCAUCUGUUGUGCAGCCUUCCAUGAUGCCAACAUCUUCUAUAUCCAGCAUUCCACAGAAUCAACAGUCUAAUAAUGUUCAACAGUCAACACAGUCCAUGCUUCAGCAUCAUCCACAAGUUAUCAGGCACCAGCAACAGCAGACUUCUGUUGUACAUCAACAACAAACACCAAUGACUCAGCAGCCAAUCUUGCCUGCACAGCAGCAGCAGCAGCAGCAGCAGCAGCAGGUUAUGGUGCCUCAGUCAAAUGCAACAAACAUGCAACAUGCUCAGAUGCUUGGGCCACAGACCAAUGUUGGUGAUAUACAGCAAUCACAGAGGUUGCUUUCACAGCAGAAUAAUAUUACAAACCUGCAACAACGACAGCAACAACAACAGCAACAGUUGAUAAAUCAGCAAAACAACCUAGCAAAUAUACAUCAACAACAGUUGGGAAACAAUGUCUCUGGGUUACAACAGCAACAGUUGCUUGUACCUGAAUCUGGAAACCCAGGCAUGCAAACAAGCCAUCACUCUUCACACAUGCUACAACAAUCUAAGGUUCCAAUGCAGCAACAAACACAAACAAAUGCAUCCAAUUUGUUACCGUCUCAUGUGCAGCAGUCACAGCCACAGGUUGCACCACAGCAAUUAAUGUCUCAGCCUGCACAGUUGCAACAGCAGUUGGGUUUGCAGCAGCAGCCAAAUCCCUUACAACGAGAUAUGCAGCAAAGACUCCAAGUAUCUGGGUCCUUACUUCAACAGCAAAAUGUUCUUGAUCAGCAAAAACAGUUAUAUCAAUCUCAAAGAGCUCUUCCAGAAACUUCAACAACUUCUCUGGAUUCUACAACACAGACUGCACAACCAAGUGGGGUUGAUUGGCAAGAAGAAGUGUACCAAAAGAUCCAAACCAUGAAAGAAAGCUACUUGCCAGAUGUGAAUGAAAUUUACCAGAAAAUUGCUGCUAAAGUUCAGCAGCAUGACUCUCUUCCCCAACAACCGAAGUCAGAUCAGAUUGAAAAGCUCAGGGCAUAUAAAAUGAUGUUGGAGCGUAUAAUAUCAUUCUUACAGAUUUCAAAGAACAACGUUUUGCCUAAUUUAAAGGAUAAAUUAGGAGCAUAUGAGAAGCAGAUUAUAAAUCUCAUAAAUCCACAUAGACCUAGGAAAGGCAUGUCUUCAUUGCAGCCUGGACAGAUUCCCCAACCUCAUAUGCACUCCAUGCCACAGCCACAAUCCCAAGUUACUCCAGUACAGUCUCAUGAAAUUCAAAUGAACUCUCAGUUGCAGCAAACAAAUUUUCAAGGUUCCGUACCAACAAUGCAGCAUAAUAAUAUUGCAAGCUUGCAGCACAAUUCUAUGUCUGGGGUUUCGACAGCACAGCAGAAUAUGAUGAAUUCUGUGCAACCUGGUACUAAUUUAGAUUCCGGGCAAGGAAAUUCUGUUAACUCUCUGCAACAGGUUUCAGUGAGCUCCCUUCAACAAAACCCUGUUAGCACUCCUCAACAGACUAACAUUAAUUCCUUUCCAGCUCAUGGUGGGGUGAAUGUGAUCCAACCAAAUCUAAAUACCCUUCAGUCAGGUUCCAGUAUGCUUCAACACCAACUGAAACAUCAGCAGGAACAUCAGAUGCUGCAGAGUCAACAGUUCAAACAUUAUCAGCAACGACAGUUGAUGCAGAGGCAGCAGCAGCAGCAGCAACUACACCAGCCAGCAAAGCAACAGCUCUCUGCACAAUUGCAGGGACAUCAAAUGCCUCAGCUUAAUCAAAUGAAUGAUAUGAAUGAUAUAAAAAUGCGACAAGGAAUGGGUGUUAAGCCAGUCUUUCAGCAACAUCUUACCUCAGGUCAACACUCUGCUUAUUCCCAUCAACAGUUGAAACAAGGGGGUCAAUUUCCUGUUUCUUCACCCCAACUCCUUCAGGCUGCAUCUCCUCAGAUUCCACAACAUUCAUCUCCUCAGGUUGACCAGCAAAAUCAUCUUCUGUCCCUAACAAAAGUUGCAACUCCUCUGCAGUCUUCUAAUUCACCUUUUGUGGGCCCUACUCCUUCACCUCCCUUGGCUCCAUCUCCUAUGCCAGGAGAUUCGGAGAAGCUCAUUCCUGGUGUUUCAUCAUUAUCAAAUGCUGCAAAUAUUGGGCAUCAACAAACAGGGGGUGCAGCAGCACCAGCUCAGUCCCUUGCCAUUGCGACUCCUGGGAUAUCAGCCUCUCCUUUGUUGGCAGAGUUCAGUGGUCCGGAUGGUGCUCAAGGAAAUGCUUUAGCAGCCACUUCUGGGAAGUCAACUGUUACAGAGCAGCCUCUUGAACGCCUAAUUAAAGCGGUGAAAUCAAUGUCACCUGAAGCACUGAGUGCUGCGGUCAAUGAUAUUGGUUCAGUUGUCAGCAUGAAUGAUAGGAUAGCAGGAUCAGCUCCGGGUAAUGGAUCCAGAGCUGCUGUUGGUGAGGAUUUGGUUUCCAUGACUAAUUGUCGUCUUCAGGCUAGAAAUUUCAUUACUCAAGAUGGUACAAAUGGAAUUAAGAGGAUGAGACGCUACACCAGUGCCAUACCCUUGAAUGUUGUAUCAUCUGCUGGUAGCAUGAAUGAUAGUAUGAAGCAGUUGACUGCGUUAGAGGCUUCUGAUCUGGAGUCAACUGCAACAUCUAGUGUGAAGAAGCAAAAGAUUGAGGUUAAUCAUGCCCUUUUGGAAGAAAUAAGGGAAAUUAAUAACCAACUUAUUGACGUAGUAGUAGACAUAAGUGACGAAGAUGUUGAUCCAACUGUAGCUGCUAUUGCUGCUGCUGAAGGGGCAGAAGGGACAAUUGUCAAAUUUUCUUUCAUUGCUGUGGCUCUCAGUCCAAGCUUAAAAUCUCAAUAUGCUUCAGUGCAUAUGUCACCUAUUCUGCCCCUGCGUUUGCUGGUUCCUGCAAAUUACCCUAAUUGUUCUCCCAUACUCCUAGACAAGCUUCCAGUUGAACCCAGUAAGGAGAACGAAGAUCUUUCAGUGAAGGCAAUGUCAAGGUUUAGCAUUUCCCUGCGUAGUUUGUCACAACCUAUGUCCCUUGGGGAAAUAGCAAGGGCUUGGGAUGUUUGUGCUCGCAGAGUUAUUUCUGAGCAUGCACAGCUAAGUGGUGGAGGAAGCUUCAGCUCUAAGUACGGAACUUGGGAGAAUUCCUUGACCUCUGCAUAAUGAUCCUUGCCAUUCCAUGCAGAUCUUUUUGUUUUGGCCUAAAAGUUGUCAAACUUCCUGUUAAUAAUUAAAACUUCCUGUUAAUAAUCAAGUUAUUGGAUGUAGAUAAAAGCCUACUUGUGAAGUAAUACCAUGAAGUCAUUUCAAUUUAUA